AUGAGAGGAGCGUUCGCGCUCGCGCUCGUCGCGGCAAUCGCGACGACGGUCGUCGUCUCGGAGCCGAGCGGCCUGGCCAAGUCGAAGCUGACGAUCCUCAAGUGUUGCCGAUACGGCGAGGAACUGGACAACGACGUGAACAGCGGCACGUUACCGCGCUGCGAGCCAACGUCGGACGAGUGGCAGCCCUUGAUCUUCUCGCUAACGCAUCAGACACUCGACGUGGUACUGCCCGACGAAUGGAACGUCGUCGAGGAGCGGCGCCCGGUAUGCGACGACCGUUCCGAGCUGACGCACGUGCCUUACCGGAAGGCUAACCCGUUCAUUCUGCUCGACAACGGGAGUGCGGUGCUCGAGAUCAGCAACACCGACUCCUUCCCGCCCAGCCACUAUUGCGCCGAUUCGAAUGCCCUGCUCGUGUGCAUGCCGAAGAAAUUGGCGGGCGAUCAUCCCGCCCCGUCCAUGAAACCGCGAGUGCGACGGUGCUGUGGCGAGCACGCCAGUUUCCAUGAACACGGAAAUACUUGCGUAUUUAUAAAAGAGAAUGUGGACGCACCACCCCUGCUACCAAAUACGUCGUCCGCCAUCGAGAUCGUGACCGGAUUUCCAACCUGUCCAAAAUCCGACAAUUUCACGAUUGUUGGAAACGCGAUGGACGCUGCGCUGCAGCCCGACGGCAGCCUGGAGGUGAACGGAGUCGUUUUACCUAGCGGCCAGUUCUGCGUCGAGAGGAUUAAGGAGCUCAACCAGAUCUCCAAGGUGUUCGCCUGUCCGGAGCACGCACCGCAAAGACCUGCGGUGAAAGCGACGGACAUCAGAUUCACCCUUUAUCCCGUGGGCUUCAUCAUUAGCGCUGUUUUCCUGGCCGCCACCCUGGCGGCCGGUUGCUUACUACCUGCAUCUCAUCACGUGCUGCACUGGCGUUGCCAGACUCAUCAUGUCGCCUGCCUGAUGAUGGGCGAUAUUCUUAUGGCCAUCAUUCAGCUUGCCGGGGAUUCCCUUCAUGGUGCAAACUGCAAGGCGCUCGCGAUCAUGGCGCACUUCUUCUUCCUGGCUGCUUUCUUCUGGCUGAACACGAUGUGCUUCAACAUCUGGUGGACGUUCAGGGAUUUGCGACCAGUGAGCUUAGAGAAAGGUCAGGAGACCCUCAGACUCAGAGUCUACGCCUGCUACGCCUGGGGUGGGCCCUUCCUUGUCGCCGGUCUGGCAGCGCUUCUGGACCACCUACCACCCCAACCGGAGUAUACGUUUCUGAGGCCCCGCUUCGGCGAGAAGCAAUGUUGGUUCUACGGUGACAUGGAAAUUCUGGCGUACUUUUUUGGACCGAUCGGAGUGCUGCUGGCAGUAAAUCUUAUGUUUUUCGCCGUAACCGCUCGCGAAUUGACGUGCGGUCUCUGGAAAGGCGAAUUCGUGAAGAGCACCACCGAGAGGGCGACGUUGGGCCGCAUAUGCAUGAAACUGGUGAUCGUAAUGGGCGUUACCUGGGUGGCUGACGUUGUCUCAUGGGCUGUCGGCGGACCGCAGUACAUCUGGUACUUUACCGAUCUGAUAAACGCCUUCCAGGGAGUACUAAUCUUCGCUGCAGUCGGCUGCCAGCCGCAGGUCCGGGCAGCGCUCAAGAGAUUCUUCAGCAGGAACCCCCAGACCAAUGCCGGGAGGCAGGGUAAUGGCCACAGCACGACCAGCCACGGGAUGCCUAGCAUGGGCGAUAGCGUAACGCAAAAUCCGAGCACCAAAACCGCGCCGUUGGAAACCAUUUGCUAGGAUGGUUCUGGCGUCGUUACGAAAGUCCUCGAACGAGUGUCCUUUGUCCGUAAGGAACGUGCGAGUUUGCGUUUUCCGCGUUUGGUUGGCCGAUAAGCGCGAUGAAAGCAAUCCGAUUUGAAUUGCGAUUUGAUUAGCUUCAGCUACCGAGAGGUAGCUCGCGGCUGCAAUUCGUCGUUCAGAGAAGUUUCACGGAGAACGAAACUUACACGGCGACGAGCGAAAGGGUCGUAACGGAGAGACUCACGAGUGAUCUCCAUUCACCAGGAGACCAGAGAACGAUUGUGCAGCUUGCGUCGACGACACUCGUCCACCGUAUCGUAUCUUUUCAUCACUUCACUUUUUCUUCGCGCGCGAGGUGUCGUUGACGUUUUUCGUGUAAUGUAACUCCGCAAGUUGGCGAUACGAACGAGGCGUCGCCGUGUAAUAACGUUGAACUUUAAUCGAUCGGAGGACAUUUCUGCGAGAUCGAUUCGGCAAAAGCUCGGGGUCGUCGAACCUGCAAAGGUCGGAAGAUCUCGUUGAAAAUGUUUUCUUAUUGACAUUUCCCAGACAAUACGCGAGCCCGUGGGAGGCCCCGAGCCUAAGAUGUUUGAAGAACAUCCGAAAACGUUUAGAAGCCUUCCGAACGUAUUUUAAGUGUGUUUUGUACUCUCUCGCUGUCUGAGUUCUCGCGAUAGCGCAAUUUUGCGCAACGGUGCAGAGAGAAAUUAUUUAUGAACGAUGCGUAUCCUAAUAGGUUUCUUGAAUCUGCAUAAAAAUACGCCUGGCGUCCCCGAUUCUCCAGGUAAAUUCUGAACACUCUUUUCGAACAGAUAGAAAAGUUUUUUUUUUUAAUUCUUAUAACCUUCGGAUUGUAUUCAGGUGGCGACAAGAUGGCACCGGACACGCACUCGCGGUCUAUAUCUAGUGAUGAUGAUGAUCUGGUAUUCACGAUACAAAACAUGGUAGUACCCACGUAAAAAUUGCUGAUGUUGUACAUUCAACUGGCCCAGCAUUGAUCCACACUCUUAAUCAUGUGCCUAGUACCUCCAAAUUCGAGGUACUAAUUUCUAAAUAGAACUGAACUUUGUUUCCUCCAAUUACACGGUAUCCAAAAGAAAAUAUUAUUAAUAUGAUACACAAAUAAUAAUAAUAAUAUUAAAAUAACACAUUAAAUUCAAUAUUACAUAUUGAUGUGAUGUUAACAUGCUAAGUAUUAUUAUUUUUAGCAUAAUAAUGAAUUUGUAUUAUAUUGCUUACACUUGCCGUUAUUUCUCAUUAUGUUUAAAUUCAAAUUUGUUUUUUGUUAAUUAUAGCGAAUAAUAUUUAGCAACAUUUUAUUUAAUAAUUAAAAAUAAUUAAAUUUGGACUUUGAGAAAUUUUAUAACGUGAUAUUACUAAAAUGCAUGUCUAAAAAUUCACAACAAAAGCCGAAAUUUUUAAAAGCGCGCAAUAUAUUUAUAAAAAAGGAACAGAAUUUGUUAAAAACAUUUAUUCAUAACUUUAUAUCUAUUAUUUAUUUUUAAUGAAUGUGGUGUACAUGCAAUGUGCAUAUUAACAUUACAUAAAUACGUAAUUUACGUCUUUGUUAUGUCUUAUUAUGUAAUGUUUGUUCUUCUGUACUUUCUUUUAUGUUCUUUAAUUAAGCCUUGCAGUAGCUAUAUUUCUGUCACCUCGCCAUUUGCAACGCGUUUUAUUUCUCUCUCUUUUUUUGUUAAUUUCAACAAAUUCCGUUAUCGAUUUUAGUCACGUGUGGACUCAAUAAAACUAUUAUUAUACUGAUCCGUUAUUUCCAAUGUUGGAUCAACACUGACAGUUGGCAUAACUGAGCUUGGCAUAGCGUUACACUUUUGUAUUGAAUUGAUACUGGCACAACACAGUCAGUACCGUUAAGACGACAAACGAUACUGUCGCAAUAUUGGAUCCUUUUGACAUUUCUACGUAUGGGUAUAAUU